AUUUCACUCACUGCCACCCAAAAUAAUACCUUUGCUUUCAGUUUCGACAUUCUCUCUCUCUCUCUCUCUCCCCCGUCCGCCAUGGACAAUAUUGGCGAAGAGUACAAACAUUACUGGGAAACCAAUAUGUUCCUCCAAACCGAAGAGCUUGACAGUUGGGGUUUGGAUGAGGCGUUUUCCGGGUACUACGAUUCGAGCUCGCCGGACGGAGCAGCUUCAUCCAUGGCCUCCAAGAAUAUUGUGUCUGAGAGGAAUAGGAGGAAGAAGCUCAAUGAAAGGCUGUUUGCACUUAGAGCAGUGGUCCCCAACAUUAGCAAGAUGGACAAGGCUUCUAUAAUCAAAGACGCCAUUGAAUAUAUCCAAGAGCUGCAUGAACAAGAAAAAAGAAUUCAAACAGAGAUAGUUGAGCUUGAAUCUGGAAAAUCAAACAAAAAUCCGGGUUCCGAUUUCGAACAAGACCUACCGGUCCUGUUGAGAUCAAAGAAGAAGAAAAUUGAUCAGAUCUACGACUCUGAAGGAUCAAGAACUUCCACAAUCGAAAUCCUCGAGCUUAGGGUUACAUACAUGGGUGAAAAAACAGUGGUAGUGAGCUUGACAUGCAGCAAAAGAACGGACACAAUGGUAAAAUUGUGCGAGGUAUUCGAAUCUUUGAAGCUCAAAAUUAUUACCGCGAAUAUUACUUCUUUCAACGGGAGGGUUUUGAAGACGGUUUUCGUUGAGGCAGACGAAGAAGAAAAAGAUGAUUUGAAGAUAAAAAUUGAAACAGCCAUUGCAGCUUUGAAUGAUCCAGAAAGCCCCAUGAGCAUAUGAUCACGAUGAAGUUCCGUUUUUCUUAUCAUCACUGCUAUUUUAGGGUUUUAUCUUUAAUUUGUUGAUCUUGUUUCGCAUGGAAAUGUCAUCCUUUCAAACUUGCCAAAACCAAAACAUGUUACUCAUCCCAUUGUCAUCACGCAUUACUUUUCCAGAUAUAAUCUUCUCAAAGACAGAAUGUUCUCCAAUAUUGUAUAGUAACCUGAAGAAGUUAUGUCUUCCACUUCAAAUA